AUGAAUUUCGAACGUUUAUCCAACGAAUUACUUAUCGAUACCUUCAAGUAUUUUAACGGUGUUCAUUUACUUAAAGCAUUUUCGAAUCUCAAUACUCGUUUGAAUCAUCUUCUUAUUAUUCAUUUUCAAACAUAUGGUCUUGAUUUACAAUCAAUAUCGAAAUCCGAUUAUGAUAAUUUAUGUCAACAAAACCUUCCAUGGAUCGCUAAUUAUAUAACUGGACUUCGUCUUUCCGAUGAUGAUGAUACACCAAAUCAAAUUAAUCUAUUUCUUUCUCAAUCUUUAACAUUCGAACAAUUAAAAAAAUUAUCACUUUAUCAUAUAUCUUCAUUUGAAAUUAUCAAAAAAGUUCUCAAUCGAUUUCAUUAUCUUACUCAUUUUGAUUUAAUCAAUUGUCAUUUACAAUUUCGUCGAAAAACAUUACGUAAUAUUCUCAAUCGUCUUUGGAUUUUACCAGAACUUAUUCAUGUUCGUUUACAAUUGAGUUUUAACGAUACAUAUGAUUUUCCUACUCCAACAUUUCGAUCAAAAUCUAUUCAAUAUUUAAUUAUUGAUAAUAUUUUAUUAGAAUCUACUGAAUUAAUUCGAUUAUUUCGAUCUAUACCACAACUUCGACAUUUAACUGUUAUGAUCGAUGAAUUCUCUAAUGAUACAAAAUUUCCAUCUAAAUUCGUAUCAAUUUCUUCAUUAAAACUGACUGUUGAUCAUUUAACUAAUGGAGCAAUAAAUUUAUUAAAAAAUAUGCCAAAUUUAACUUCUUUAACUCUUCAAAUCGGAAAAAAUCGUAUAAAUGGUCAUCAAUGGAAACAAUUAUUUAUUAAUUAUUUACCAAAAAUAAAAAUCUUUCGAUUUCUUAUGCUUUUUAAUGUUAAAAAUGAAGAACAGAUGAAUAAAAUAUUUGAUUCAUAUCAAACAUCAUAUUGGAUUAAUGAACGAGAAUGGUAUAUUCGAUGUCAUUGGAAAUUUGAAAAUAAUCAUAUCUCAGUUUUAUUAUAUACUUUACCAUAUACUUUUUCAUAUUAUACUUAUCUUGAAGAAAAUUCCAAUGGUUAUAUUAAAUCAACAUGUCCUAAUGAAGAUGAUUAUUGUUCUUAUAAUCGUGUAACUAAAUUAGCUCAACAUCUUUCGACAUCAAAUGAUAUAUAUUUUUCUCGUAUUCGUUUUUACAACAUUCAACAUCUUGAAUUAGUAUUACCCAUUCAUGAUGAAUUGUCAACAAUUCUUCCUCGACUCGAUCCAUUGAUUACUCUUAAAGUAUCAUGUGAUGAAGAUGAUGAUGUUGAUGGUAAUAUUGUUUUAUCUCAAUUACAAAAUAUUAUUAAUCAAGCAUCUCGUCUACAAGAUUUAAUUAUUGGUAAUUGGAAUUCAUCAAGUAUUCAAGAAAUUCCAUUACAUAUAAAUAGUACUUCCAUUCGUCGACUUGAUUUACAAAGUUAUCAUUAUUUUGAACGUGAUCGUUGUUUCAACAGUGAACAAUGCAAAGCAUUUCUUUCAACAUCACUUGCAAAACAAUGUCAAGUUCUACAAAUUGUUGUUAAUGAUAAAUCAGAUAUAAAUGAAUUAAUCAAUGGAAUGCCCAAACUUCAAGCAUUAAAAGUAGUAUUUGAACAUGCUCAUUGGAAUAACUAUUUACCUGGACAUGAAGAUUUGUUUACAUGGAUGAUAUCUGGAUUUUCACGUGGUGUUACGGAGAACUUACCUGGUACUGAAACUUAUCGAUUAUGGAUUCGUUAA